UCAGCUCGGGAGCACAGGAGAACACAGCAGGUUGCGCACCCAGUCCUCAUCGACGGUCAGAUUUACACUUCUCCGAUUAUUCCGGCGUGUUUUGGUAUUAGUGCUCAAUGACGUAUCGUUUUCAAUUGUUACGAAAAACUGGCUCUAACGUGUGCACCUUUUGCCACAAGAGUGGUGAAACCCACGGAAUGUUCCAUUUGCAGGAACGGCUGAAGAUAAUACCGAUGCACUGAAAAUGUGAACGAGAUGUGGAGGAAUACGCUGGGAGAGAUGAAUGAAUAAAAUGCUUGCAAAUUAACAAUCAGGGUGAAGACAAUCCGCGGUUUUGAGACACAAGUGCCUCCAGUACCACCAUUCUCCCCCUCCUGAGCGUGGCUCGUCCCCACGACGUUACCAAUGCGACCAUGGGAAAUCGCAGUGAAUAGGCGGCCACCAACAGCCCCCUUAAAUCAGCGGAGGUUCCCAGGAGAACCCUGCAAUACCCCAGUGCAUCUCAGGAGAAGUCCUCCCGGGAGAAGACAGUGGGGGAGGCGUGACAGACCCGCAUUGCACAGCUCCCUGCACCAGGAUGAGAACUUCCACCACCCUCUCUUCUCCCAGCAUCAGCAGCAGAUUUCUUUAGAUGAAUCCCGGUCGUACAGCCACACCAGCGUCCCGCCACGAAUGCUCCACCCUGCCGCACACCCACCUCAGCAGAACCCCAUCAUGGUGGAUCUCCACGAGCAGAUGCACCAGGGUCCAGUGCCCAUAUCUUACACAGUUACCACGGUGACAACCCAUGGGUUCCCUCUUCACACCGGCCAGCCUAUCCCUGGGUGCAACACUCAGCAGCUCCCAGCAUGCUCGGUAAUGUUGAGCGGACAGCACACUCUGCUCUGCUGCCUACCUCCUCCCUUGAUCCAAGCCUGUACGAUGCAGCACUUGCCAGUGUCUUACCAAGCCUUCCCGCCUCUGAUCUCCAGCGAGCAUUUUAUUCUGCACCCCCCUCCGCCCGUGCCCCCUCACCAGCCUCCUCACCUCGCUCCACUGAGCCAGUUCGUCCCACUGCAGCCCCAGCACCCCCGCAUGCCUCUACAGAGGGUGGAGAAUGAAGUGGAAAUGAGAGGGGACCAGCACCCUGUAGGGGGGUUCUCAUAUAGCCCCACUCAUCACCCACCAGCAAUGCCCCCGUCUGUGCCCCUCCAGUACCUCCCUCAAGACCCCCUACACCAGGAGCUGCCCUUCGGAGUGCCAUAUCCCCACGUGUUGCCACGACGAGUCAGUGGACAGAGAUACCGACUCCAGCAGCCUUUACCCCCGCCCCCACCCCCGCCACCCUACUACCCAAGCUUCCUGCCCUACUUCCUCUCAAUGCUUCCUGUGCCUCCGACUGCGGUGGGCCCGGCCAUCAGUCUGGACCUAGAUGUGGACGACGUGGAGAUGGAGAACUAUGAGGCAUUACUGAACCUUGCUGAGAGGCUGGGAGAGGCCAAGCCUCGUGGACUCACCAAAGCCGACAUAGAGCAGCUUCCGUCCUACAGGUUCAACCCAGAGAACCACCAAUCUGAACAAACUCUGUGUGUUGUGUGCUUUAGUGAUUUUGAGUCGAGGCAGCUACUUCGAGUAUUACCCUGUAACCACGAGUUCCACGCUAAGUGUGUCGACAAAUGGUUAAAGACAAAUCGCACCUGUCCAAUCUGCCGGGCAGAUGCGUCCGAGGUGCACAGGGACGUGGAGUGAGUCCAGGCUCCAGUUUGACCAAUGGCAAAGCAGUGUGACAAAUGGAGUCUGCUCCAUGUGGGGGUCACGGGACUCCUACCACCUACCCCGCGUUCCCUCGCAAAACAAACAAACAAAAAAAACUCCCGCCCCCUCCCUAUCUCGAACAAUACUCAAUCUCGGAUCGUGUGUGGGGCCCUUUUCACCUCUGCUGUGCGUUGUGUGAGUUUGAUGAAAGCUACUGCCUAGUAUAGCCACAUAGCCACCGAGUUCUGGAGUUGUGUAGUGUGUACUUCUCUCAGUUUUUUGCCCUUGUGUUACGGAUACUCCAAAGAUUUAACCUGUAAUAUCUGUUGUUGUGUUUUAACUUUAAGGGAAGCAAAAUUAGGCAUUUUUUUUCUUCUUAUACUUUGAUUAUUUUCUAGUUGACGUUAGAAUCAUUCCAAGUACUGCACCAGUGAUUGGAAGGGGCAGGGGGUGUAGGGCUGUGAGAUUGUGCAAUCGGCAGACCAACACUAGGAUGAAAAAAAAAGGUUAGUAGGAACCUGAAGCAUUCCGCUGGCUUGGAAGAAAGGCUUGACCAUCAGAGAUGCAUGUUUGUAUAGGCGAUGGGCAAAGUGACUUGUUAAUAAUGUAUGUUACGCAAUAAUGUAUUGAUGAUUUUAAUAUUACUUUCCCACUUUUUUUUUUAAAACCUGCGAAUGCUAUUGUGAACGUCUGACUUGCUGUGGUUAAAGUUGCAGUAUCUCUUUAAGGCCUGUGGUAAAAGAAAAAAAAAAAAAAAGACAAAGGAUUGGGGCUGACUGACAGGCUUCGGGUUUAAACCUCCCGCUAGCUCUCCCUUGCAAAAAAAAAAAACAAAAUAAAGUAGCGAAAGUUCUCCGUUUGUAAGGAGGAGUGGAGUUCCCAUCGUUGCUCUUGUAGCGGGCAUUCAUCCCGGCACGGCUGGCACAGACGGACACCUUCGGGACCCCAAGACGCACCCCGCAAGUGCCGCCCCACCCCGGUGCCCACGCCCUCCAUGCCAGCCUCGUCCCUCUGCCAAACACCCCGCCCCCCUCGCCCUGCCCUCCCCAAACGCCGAGCCAUUGCUGAGCAUGGCUGCUGGAUCCAGGGGGGGCGCCGGGGGGGAUCUGCAUGGACUGUUGAUUUAGAUUAGCAAUAUUUAAAUCAAGAAUUGCCACCAUUUAAACCGUUAAAAAAAAAAAAAAAAAAAAAACAAGAAACCGUACAAACGAGGAAUACUAGAUUAAAACCAGGAGGAACCGGGUCUGAAGGAUGGCUGAAUGUCUUGCCGUUCUCUGCACUUCAGCAUCGGAGAAGGGGAGAAGGUUGAAGUCGGCCCUUGGAGAAGUCGGACCACUUUGCAGAGAGCAAUAUGCGCAGCGAGUGCCGGUUUUGAACCGAACACUUACCUCCGUUUGGGGAAGGCCAGGUUUUUCCUGGUUUGUGAGCCAAAAAUUCAAUUUACUCUUCAAGAUUUCAGCUCUGCCUUCUCAAGACCUUGACAAGCACAAACAUCACUAAUCUUAAGAAGAAAACCUCUGUCAUUUCCACUUGUUUUAAGAGUGUAAGGUUUUUAAAUUGUCAUGGGUUUUAUCUUAAUGAGAGAACUGAAAGAGAUGGUGAAAGUACUAACAUGGUUGUAUAUGUACAUGUUAUCUCUAAGCGACUCGGUCAGGUCUCAAUCCUUGUGAUAGGUUGUGUAAAAGAUGCAGCAUUUUCAGCAUAGCUAUCGUGUGAACGGCUUAAAUUAUCGUCUUGUUUUUGAAGACAGAAGAAUGUUUAAACGGCUUGAAUAGCAUUGCAUAUAUAGUACCUUUUGUGUGAAAUUGGUGGCAGUUGUAUAGUGGGCAGACGGAUGGUGGUUUCACAGUUAUCAGGGAGGGAUUCGAGUGACAGAGUUAGAGCUGAGCAAUGCACUGGACUCUUCUGUUCUCAGUUCAGCUGGCUCGGACCUCCACAGCUCAGUCCGGUGGCUGGAAAAAAAAAAAA